CCUUACACUUGGUAUCUAAAUUAGACAGCCCCAAAACACAUAAAGCGUUCGGUUAUACGAACUCAAGAAUUUGUUGACCACCAGGCGUUCGACGAUAUGCCUGAAAGAAUGAACAUGCAGGAAACCAAUCUGGGCUCAUCAUCAUCAUCACCUCCCUGGAAGUUUGGGUCCCAACUUCAAGGAUGGAUGCUUCUUAUUCUUGGCUCCGUUUCAUUCAUUCUAUUUGCUUUCGCUGUUGGGUUGUCCAAGCUUCUUCCAGCUUCUGGUAAUCCUAUAAUAGCAGCCAUUCAAAAUGACAGAUACUAUUGCUUUCUGGUACCUUUGACGCUUCCUGUUCUUGUUGUUGCUGUAUAUUUCCACUGGCUCAGCAUGAAACUCUUCAAGCAUGCUUAGGAUGUUUCCUAUGUUUCUAAGAAUUUUUGCAUUCUGACAAUGGUGGCACCCGAGAACUACGGCCCUUUAUAUAGGUUGCAAUCUGAUCCACGUUGGGACGGCUCAGACGGCUAGAACGCUUUGGUGGGUGGGGGGGGGGGGNAACACCCCCACGCGAGUGAUGAUUUGUGUUUUUGAAUUUGAAAAAUUUCCCUUCCACUUUUAAUUGUGCUACAGAGUGACUUUUUGUCUCGCCGAUAGAAGGCAACAUUAAAAAAAUUGUUGGGGU